AUGCACCUGCUGAAUAUGUCCCAACAUUUAGCUGGCACCUCUGGGAGGUGCAAUGCGAAUGUCGACGCCAAAAAGCUCGACGAGAUGUUGACGAAGGAAAACACCUCGGUGGAUGCUGCGGUGAUUAUUGACGUGCCGGACAAAGUGCUGGUUGAACGCAUUGCAGGUCAACGUAUGCACUUGGCUAGUGGCCGCAGUAACAAUGUCAAGUUUUCUACGCCGAAUGUGGACGGUAAGGACGACAUUACGGGCGAGCCGUUGAUUCAGCGCAAGGACGACAAUGAAGCCACGCUUGUCUCGCGUCUGGAGGAUGCUUACAAGCAGACGCAGCCCGUGAUUGACUUUUACCGUGAGCAGGGCAAACUGGUGGAAGUAAAUGCUCACACAGAAAUGCAUGAGGUGACGGAGCAGAUCCGUAAGAGCCUCGGCUCGGAUUAG